UGAUCCUGGAGCUGAAGUGGGCAUCGUCCAGUAUUCAGGGCCAUUCCAGGGAGCCGCCUAGGCAGGCGGCGGCUUGGCGGGGUUUGUGUUAGGUCGAGAGCCGGCGAAAAGCAAAACUGGAAAAGGCGAGGAGGCGUUGGCGCGCCGACCGCAUGUUCCUCCUGCCGGAGUACGGCGCACGCUGAUUGGCAGGAUUGCGGCCCGGGUACCGGAAGUGGCCGAUGCCCGUCGCCCGUGACACCGGGACAACAGCUGGCCGGUUCUGUGCGAGCGGCCCAGCAGCGCCGGGAGCUCAAGCGGAGUGAGCGUGGGGCGGUAGCGGUCUGCGAUUGUGAGAUGGGUACUGAGAACAAGGAGGUGAUUCCCAAGGAAGAAAUUUCUGAAGAAUCUGAGUCACAUGGGUCAAUAUUAGAGAAACUUCCAAAAGUGGUUUACCAAAGUCAUGAGUUUGGAGCAGGAUGUGAAGAAGAUAUAUCAGAGGGACAUUUGAGAGAGUCCCCAGAAGAGAUUAUAGGGCAGAUGUCUCCUCAGGAGAAAGACUUUGCAUCAGGGUUGAUUAUUUUUAAGAAAUCACCUCCAAGUGAGAAAGAUCAGGAGAAUAAUGAGAGCAAAAGAGGCUGCAAUCCCAGCCCAAAUCUGAUUACAUAUCAGGGAGAUACUAUAGCAGAGGGAGUUAGUACAUUUGCUACCUCUGGCCAAAACUUCGUAGAGAAUUUAGAACCUAACAAAACACAGAGAAGUUCUGUGGGAGAAAAGCCUCAUACAUGUAAAGAAUGUGGGAAAGCCUUUAAUCAGAACUCACAUCUCAUCCAGCAUAUGAGAGUUCAUAGUGGAGAAAAACCCUUUGAAUGCAAAGAAUGUGGAAAGACAUUUGGAACUAAUUCAAGCCUUCGAAGGCACCUGAGAAUUCAUGCUGGAGAGAAACCCUUUGCUUGUAAUGAAUGUGGGAAGGCCUUCAUUCAGAGUUCACAUCUUAUCCACCAUUACAGGAUUCAUACUGGAGAGAGACCCUAUAAGUGUGAAGAAUGUGGUAAAGCCUUCAGUCAGAAUUCAGCCCUUAUUCUACACCAGAGAAUCCAUACUGGGGAGAAACCUUAUGAAUGUAAUGAAUGUGGGAAGACCUUUAGGGUUAGUUCACAGCUUAUUCAGCAUCAGAGAAUUCAUACUGAAGAAAGAUAUCAUGAAUGCAAUGAGUGUGGUAAAGCCUUCAAGCAUAGCUCAGGCCUUAUUAGACACCAGAAAAUUCAUACUGGAGAAAAACCAUACCUGUGUAAUGAAUGUGGGAAAGGCUUUGGUCAGAGUUCUGAGCUUAUCCGGCAUCAAAGAAUUCAUACAGGGGACAAACCCUAUGAAUGUAAUGAAUGUGGGAAAACUUUUGGCCAGAAUUCAGAGAUUAUUCGUCAUAUUAGAAUUCAUACUGGUGAGAAGCCCUAUGUAUGUAAGGAAUGUGGGAAGGCCUUCAGGGGGAACUCAGAACUUCUUAGACAUGAGAGAAUUCACACUGGAGAGAAACCUUAUGAAUGCUUUGAGUGUGGAAAGGCUUUCAGGCGGACCUCUCACCUUAUUGUUCACCAGAGAAUUCAUACUGGAGAGAAGCCCCAUCAAUGUAAUGAGUGUGCAAGAACCUUUUGGGAUAAUUCUGAGCUGCUUCUCCACCAGAAAAUUCAUGUUGGAGAGAAACCUUAUGAAUGUAAUGAAUGUGAUAAAACAUUUAGCCAGCAUUCCCAGCUUAUCAUACAUCAGAGAAUUCACACUGGAGAGAAGCCUUAUGAGUGCCAAGAAUGUCAGAAGACCUUUAGUCGGAGCUCUCACCUCCUCCGACAUCAAAGUGUUCACUGUAUGGAAUGAUCUGCAAGAUAGGAAGGCUUUUUGUGGAAAGGCUAAAGUCAGACUUAUUCAUUGGUUCAUAAUCUACACCCCAAGUUCUCAAAUGAAAUGAAUGGACAGAAUGUCCUCUGUCCUUGCACUGAUUUUUAUUUAAAGAGUUGGUAGAAGAGGAUGAGGCACUUUUAUGAAUUAUUCAUUGAGAAGUUUCAAUGUACUGAGUUAAAUCAUAAAAGCUGUUUCAGGCCUUAAUUCUCCUCUGUCCCUCUUUCCUUUCUUCCUUUCUUCUCCCUGAGUGGAUCACAUAACAUUAGGGCUCUGUACCAGCCAUCUGUCCUAAAUUGUUACUCUUUAGAAAAGUCAGGGAACAGGAGUCCACCACCUCCUAAAAAUGACAGAGCUGACUCAUUGAAUGUUAUCCCCUGAAAUGUUAGACAGUCAUGACUCAGAAGACACACCUCAUUCUCCUGUCUACUAUUUAGCAUUGGGAUAAUUUGGUAGGCUUUUCUUACCCUCCAAAUCUUCCAGCUGUACUAUGAAGUUCUCUUAGAAGAUGGCAGCAUUAAUGAAGAAGCAGGAAGCUUGGGUCAUUUCACAUCUGCUAGGCAUCCUUAUUCACCUGAAGAGGUUGCCAUGGAGGAGGAACUGACAGGCAACUUAUAGGAUUGUAAGCAAUGGUCUUAGAAUCCAGAGGGGCUGAUUAGGCAAUGUCAGGGGAUAAACAAUAGAGGCUAGACUACUCAGCAUGGGUAGAAGUGGCUCUUUAGUCACUAUCCCCAUGUCAUGGCUGCUCAGACCAACUGUUCCCAAUGAUUCUGGAUUGAGUUUUGGCCCCAGUUCCUGCCACUUGCUGACAGAUCUUGUGUAGCAGAGUGGUUUCACCUCCAUCAGGCAUGUGGCCACAGUGGUGAGCUGGUUCACCUGACUGGAGGCCCUGGCUGAUAGGCCAGGAUGUGACAGCCUCGUGUUGGUUUGCUCCUUGGCCUUGAAAUUCUUUCUUCAGCAUCUCUGCAUAUAUUUCCUGUGUUCUUCUAUGUGUUAUUUCUUCUUUAAGGAAACACAUCCUCCAUUUUUCAUGUGUGCAUGUUUCUGAGGCAGUGGGUGGCAGCAGGAAUUGCACAAAGGGGGAUCCAGCAGGGCUGGGGUCUGGUCUUAGAGCUAAACCUUGAAUUUCGCUUGCUGGUCUCUAAUGUUCUCAUUUGUAAGAUGAGGGGAGUUCAGCUAAAUUAUCUCUGAAGUUUCAACCAGCCCAAUAAUUCCUUAGUUGCUUUUUAAAAAUUUAACUUUACAUAUCUUUAUUCUUUAAUCUCUUCUUUGUUACACUAAUACUAAUCACUAAUAUUUAUUUAUUGUGUGUUUACUAUGUGCCAGGCACAGUGCCAGACAGUUUACAUUUUUGUUUUCAUAGCAUCUGUAUGAUAUGGGUACUCUUUUUUUGAACAGCUUUAUUGAGGUAUAAUUUACAUACCAUAAAUUCACCUGUUUUAAGUGUUGAGUUGAAUGAUUUUUAAUUUACAGAGUUGUGCAACCAUCAAUGAUGUGGGUAUUCUUACCCCAGUUUAAAAGAUGAGGAGGGGCAGAAGGAGGAUGUUAAGUAAUUUACCCAUGAUCACACAGCUAGUAAGAGCUAGAGCCAAGACUCCAACCCUGGUCUAUGCUCUUAAGCACAAUGCUGUGCUGUGGAAAGGCAGAUUCAUUAUUAACUUAUUUGAAAUCCUUUGCAAAUUUUCUAUUACUAAUUACUACAUAGAGUAGAACAUAAUGAAUUUAAGUCAUGUCCUUGGAAACAUAACUGGUCACAGCCAAAUCCACAAAGUGGGUUUAUUCUGUACCCCAAUAUAGGUAUCUUCCAGGCUCAAACCCUUGGUUUGAGAGCAGGGUGAUACAAAUAAACAGUUCAUGGCACAGUUUCCAUCUCUUUCCAGGUACCUCUGCCUUUAACAGUCAGACUCUUAGCAGGGGAAGUUCUUUGACUUACCUCUUCCCUCAGGGUGAUGACAAGUAUAGCGUGCGCUCUCAUUCUUUUUUUUCAUUGCUCAAGCUCUAAUUGAAUUGUACCCGGACCACAUCCUUCUCACAAGAAACCUGGAUGUCACCGAUCGCUUUAACUGAUUCCUGUAUUUGCAUACUUUAUGUCCACAUUUACCUCUUGGCCAGCCCUGAUAGGGAACUCGGCACCUCUUCAAGCUUCCUCCAAAAGAAUCUACUUAUACAAACACAUCCAUGAGCGUACAGACUUCACUGAAGAUGUUGUGUAAGAGGUAGAGAAGGAUUCACGUUGUACAUCCUAUUAGACAUGUUUUUUUCCCCCCUUAGAAGUCCCUUCUUGGUCAAACAGCCAAUGAAGGUUUUUAUUCUCCCCUCUCAGGGCUCAGCGAUCUCAGCUCCUUUUCUCUUGCCAGAUAUCAAUACCAUCCCUAUCCCCUGUCCCCAGCUUCAUCACCUUCUUAAAUCUACCACUACUGAGCAAAAGAAAAGGUCUUUUAGUUAAUCUACUCACUCAAACAUUAGAAGGCAACUUAGUGACCUGUUGUGCCUGAGCACAUUCUUAAGAGGGGGGAUCUCUCACACCUCAUUCCCAGAAGAAUAUUCCUACAUAUAUAGUGCUUUCCCAGGAGGAAUUCUGGUGAAUGAAAUUAUUUGCAUCUCCUUAGGUACACUGUACACAAAUCCUGUAACCUCAUUCCCUGCUCUUUUCCACCUCUCACCCAGUUAUCUCAGGAAGAUUUCUCUCUUUUUCCUUCUGUUUGCCUCCCUCGCUCUUCACCUUACCUGGGCGUCAGUGUCUGACCAUGAUUUCGACUGGUAGUCAUAAUUUUGUGCAAAUAGAAUACUACCAAGGAAAAGACAUAAUUUAUCUUAAUUUUAGACUUAUUUUUAAAAAAGCCCAACAAAUCAGGAGGCCUCACAAUUUCAAAGUCCUACCUAAAUACCCAGAAAUAACCUUCAGAAUUUUUGAAGCUAUACCCAUGUACAUUUUCCUCCCUAAUUAAUUUUAAUGGUAUACUAACAUUUUAGGUAAAUAAAGCAUUUCUUUACAAUCUUACUCACAUUAUGCCUU